AUUUGCAUUACGUCUUAAUUUUUACUGUUAAGACAAAAAUGGAAUAAAUCCUAUCGCAUUGUGCUAUAAAAAAAAAACUAUUUGACGACUGAUAUCGUAAUUCCUUUUUUUAAUUAACCAAGCUGGUGAAUUUAACCGCAAACCGCAAACCAACAGUUUAAAUGAUAGAUAUAAGUAACUGAAAGUAUAUAAAAGUGCACGAUGACGGUUGGGUAAUCACAGUUAUGGACUACGAAUCGAAAAGUUUGGAACGCUUGGUGGUCUUUGACUGCGACAUUGGUUCGGAUGAUGCUUGGGCCCUGGCUAUGUUACUAAGGGGUGAAGAGUUGUCCUUGCCCGAGGGAAGACGAUACAAACUGGCUGCAAUUACUUGUGUUCAGGGUAACACGGAUUUGGAGAAUGGAGCCCAGAAUGCCCUAAGAAUACUCAAAUUACUGAACAGACAGGAUGUACCUGUUUUUAAGGGCUGCGCAAAUCCUAUAAUACCCCGAACUUGGCGCGAUACUUCACGCUUCCAUGGCAUUGAUGGCUUCAAGGAUGUGGGCAACUAUCCGGAAGUUAAUGAUCUGCAGGGCCAACUACAGCAGGAGCACGCCGUUAACGCCAUGUAUCGGUUGGCUUGUUUGCAUCCGAAACAAGUGGACUUCCUUCUGUGCGGCCCACUUACUAACUUUGCCAACUGCAUUAACCUCUAUGGUGAUGGUUUUCUGGAAAAGAUUGGUGGGGUGCUCAUCAUGGGAGGAAAUAUCUAUGGCCGGGGCAACAUAAUGAAGUGCGCUGAGUUUAAUUUCAUGAUGGAUCCCGAGGCGGCACACACUACUUUGGAACGAGUAAGGGAACCACCGUUGAUCCUACCCUGGGAACCCAGCAUUGAUGAAGAUUUUCACUUGACGCUCGACUGGAGGCUUAAUGUGCUGGGGUCGGUGGACCAUCCCUUUGUGGAACUGCUGACCAGAGUGGAGCGAACAAUGAUGGUGCCACGAGGCAUUAAGAAGUGGCUCAAUCCCGACGCCGCUCUGGCAGCCACCUAUCUCUUCCCAGAGGCUAUGAUUGCCGAGCAACUGGAGUACCAUGCCACUGUGGAGCUAUGCGGUGUUCACACCCGUGGGCAGAUGGUACUGGAUCACCUGCGAGGUCGUCGGGUGGACACCAUUCAUGGAAAGAAGAACAAUGUGCGGAUCAUAACCCAUUUGAACAGAGAACCGUUUCGCACUAUUAUAGCCUGGACGGGAUUCCUUCCACAAGCUGAUAUCUCAAAGCUUUGCAGCAGUAACAUGACUGAAACAAAGUGAAUUCUAAAGUUCAUUUGAAGCC